AUGAAGGAAUUUACCGAUUACGAUCUAGUUCUACCGAAUUGCAAGAUACUAAAAUUAAAUGUUUCUAAAAAGGAUAUCGAUAAUUCGGAAACUUAUUCGCAAAAUAUGCGAUUAGACUGCCUGGCAGACAAGACGUCUCCUUUGACUUAUAUUGACUCGAGUAUGAAGCGAGAGGAAAAUUCGAAAAGAAAAAACGCGUUACCACUUUUCAAAAUAAAGGUUAAUUCAACGGCCUUACGACUACAUUAUGGCGGUGAUAAUAAUUUGGAGUAUUGCAAAUACGAAAGAAUCUUGAGGGACAUAAAUUCGGGUAAUCCGGAUGACAGUAUUACUUAUACCAAACCUGUCAAGUUUAAAUUCGAUGUUACGGUACAUAUAAAUUCUACUCAUUUUCGAAAACGCGAUGAUGCCAAUCAGAAUUUCGACACAUUCAUACGGGUCAGAUGUUUUAAUAACAAGUCGGUAAUUUAUCGAAAUGUGCACAUAGUUGUCCGGGAAUCGGUGUCAAAUUACGUCAUGUCCCAAUCAUCGAAUAAAUAUGAUAAAUCAGCAACGCCCAAGUUUAAUGUGUUGCUCGUGGGGAUAGAUUCGACAUCGAAUAAGAAUUUCGAGAGAGGUUUGGUUAAAACAUAUAAAUACUUGAGUGGUAUAAGAGGAAAAAAACUUUUCGCUUACAAAGGCUACGUCAAGAUAGGAGAAAAUACGUAUCCAAAUUUGAACGCGCUGCUAACCGGAAAAUAUACAUGGGAAUUUCCUAAUGAUGAGCGAAGCUAUCUUGAUAAUAUCAGUUUGAUAUGGCACGAAUACGAAAAACAUGGUUAUUCCAGCAUUUACUUAGAGGACGAACCCUUUAUGUCGACUUUUAAUUAUAUCAAAUACGGAUUUUAUAAAUCGCCAACUCAUUUUUAUUUUAGACCAUUUACGCUGGAACUGAGAGAUACGAUGAGCAAACUAUCAUCGGAAGAUUAUUGUUGUGUGUAUGGUAAAAAUGAGGUUGAAAUGUUGUUGGAUUAUUCGAAGGAAUUGAUCAAGGAAAUGGAACGAUCAAACCAGCCCUAUUUUAAUCUUAAUUUUUUAACUCGGUACACUCACCCACAACUACGGGGAAUUGAUGACGUGGAUAACCUUUUAGUUGAUUAUUUUAAGGAUCUGAUAGAGAGCCAUCACUUAAAGAAUACUUUUAUCUUCCUAUUCGGCGAUCACGGUUUAAGGUUUGGGUCAUUUAGAAAGACAUUGAAUGGAAUGUUGGAAGAUCGCAUGCCUUUCCUGCUAGCAAUUCCUCCCGAUAAUUUCUUUACCAAAUACAAUCAAGAUGAAACCAUAUUCGAAGCCAACACGCGUAGCCUAUUAGCGCCCUUCGAUUUCCAUAAAACGUUGCUCGAUUUGCUUGAGAUAUCAAACAUUGAACAAGUUCCAUUGGCCGUAACAGAUGAUCCCGGAGAAUAUUACACAUUAUACCCUAGUGAUAUAGGUAAUACCAGGGGUAUAAGUUUGCUACAACCCAUACCAAAGGAUCGUACAUGUGAAUCGGCUAAUAUACCUUAUCGCUAUUGUCCUUGCAAUUGGAUAAAGCUGAAUCCUUCACAAAUGCUCAAAAACGUUUCUUCGGAUGAAGACCAACUUGCUAUAGGUAUAUCUAAGCUCAUUUUAUACGGUGUCGAUUUAGUGCUUAAGAAGAUGAAAGAUGACUUAUCAAAUUAUAGUAGUAUUUGUUUAAUAGAUGAAUUGAAUCAGCAUUCUAUAAUGAAUACAAUUUUGGUAGCAAAUGACAAAAUUAAUUUCCAGGAUUUUCAAAUGCUCUCAACGUUAAAUGUAAACACCAAUAUUACUAAAACAGGGAAUGCGAAAAUCAGUAAAAUUUUACUAUCCAAAAUAUUCGGUUUGUUAAAAGGGUUCUUACUGGUAUUCAAAGUACUUGCUAAUGAAGCUGUAUUUGAAACGACAUUAGUUUUUGACAAGCAAAAUGUAUCUAGAAUAUUCGAAGACCCAGAGAUAUUGACGUUGGAUUAUUACGAGACCAAUUCGGCUUGCAUGCAAAUUGAAGAAUUCAAAAAAUAUUGUCGCUGUAGAUCUUAA